UUUAAUUGAAAAGUAAAUUGAAAUUUUGGAAAUUGUAAUUUAUUAUAUGUAGCGGAUGAUCCUAUGAUUACAAUACAUUGGAUUACUUUCAACUCAACAAACCCCAACAACCCAGCAUAUAAACAAACAAUAAAAAAUUCCUACAUAUUUUUUUUUUUUUUCUUUCCUUAAUUCCCAUAAAUUUUUCUAAACGAGAAUCGGCCGCAGUAAUUAUGUUUUUCCGGAUUUGAUGUCAAAAAUGUAUUAAGCCCCUUUUUUUGUGUGACUUUUCUUGAGAAAAGCAUGAGAUCUUUCUCACCUUUUUUUCCCUCACUUUAAAAAAAAAAAAAAANAAAAAAAAUUUUUUCUUCUUUUUAAUUUUUUUUUUUUCUUUUAAUCUUAAAAUUAUCAUGGAACCCCCUUUGGAAGUUCCUUUCUCAAUUCAAAAUAGGCUUAAUAAUUUAUCCAUUUCUAAAGAUAUUACGAAUAAUAAUGUUUUUUCAAAUAAACCAGAAUCUUUAUUUCAAAAUGUCGUAAAACGUGCUCAAGUUUUUGAAGAAUUUAGUAAACAAAUAAGUUUAGAAUUACAAACAUUAUAUCAAGAAUAUUUAACUCAUCAAAUCGAAACUGAACUUCAAAUUACUAUGAAUAAUAUUAAAAAAAAAAAUUGUAAAUGUAAAGAACAAAUUGAAGAACAAAAACAAUUAAUUAACUCUUUAAAAGGUAGAAUUAUUAAAUUAGAAUCAGAGUCUAUUACUAAAAAUCAAGAGAUUUCAAAACUUAAUGAAGAUAUUGAUAAUUUCCUUGAAGUUAAUAAAUUAAGAACUGAAGGUGCUAAUACUAUUGUUAAAAGAAAAUCUGUAACAUUUAAUGAUGAAGUUUUAGAUGAAAAAAAUAAUCAUGAUGAUACAAUUCAAUAUCCUUCAGAAGAAUCAUCAUCUUUUAAUACUAAUACCGAAUUAAAAUCUAUCGAAUUGGAAACUAAAGAAGAUGAUGAAAAAUUAAAAAAACCAGAAAAGUUAAAAACUACUUCUUUCGAUUAUGAAAAUGAGAAUCUUUCGAAACAAGAUGACCAAAUCAUCACUCCCACGUCUCCCACGACUCCCACGAUUCCAACGACUCCAACAACUCCAACGAUUCCUACAACUCCUAUGAUUUCUACAAUUCCUACUAUUUCUACGACUUAUUCAAAUCCUAUGACUCCUACGACUCCUACUACGCCUAUAUAUACGAUUACGAUGGACGAAAUUAUUAGAAAAUAUAUCGAUAAAGUUAAAAAAAAUGAUCAACAAAAACAACCGAAAUUGGAACAGGAAAUAAAUCCGGUAAAUCAGGAAAUUCAAGAAAAUCAAGAUUAUAACCAGAAAGUUUUCGAUAAUAGUUAUAUUGAAAGUAACUGGAAUGAUGAUGAUUCCGAUAAGAACAUUACUGAUAAUGAUAAAUGGAAAACAGAAAGUCAAGAUGAUAAUAUUUCUUUAAACGAUUACGAUUCAAAUAAGAACAUUAAUGAAGAUGAUAAUUGGAAACCUUGGAAAUCCGAAGAAGAUACUUCUUUAAGUGAUAAUCAUUCUAGGAAUGUUAAUGAUGAUGAGGAUAACUGGAAAUCUGAAAGACAAGAUGAUGAUGAUACUUCUUUGAAUGAUAAUAAUAAUAAAAUUAUAUAUGAAGAGGAUGAUGAGACCUCAUUUAAUAGGAACGCUAACGGUAACGCUAAUGAAAAUGGUACCUGGGGAUCUGAAGGAACUUCACUUAAUAAAAACGUUAAUGAACGAGAUAGCUGGGGUGCUUGGGGAUCCGAGGAAGUUUCAUAUAAUAAUAGAAAUGAACAGGAUAGUUGGGGAGCUUGGGGAUCGGAAGGGGCUUCAGUUAAUAGGAACGCUAAUGAUGAGAAUAACUUGAAUUCUUGGAGAUCGGAAGAAGUACAUGAUAAUCAUUCUAGGAAUAUUGAUGAGAAUAACUGGAGAUCGAAGGAUCAAGAUGAUGACGUCCCAUAUAAUACUCCUUUAAAUAAUGAUGAUUACAAUAGGAAUAAUCAGGAUGAUGACGUUCCCUAUAAUGUUCCCUAUAAUGUUCCUUUAAAUCACAACGAAGACCGGAGAUCGAAGGAUCAAGAAGCUGUCUCUUAUACACAUCUAGAUGUGAAUGUUAGUUACGAGAAUGAAGACUGGAAAUCGAAGAAUCAAGAUGACGACGUUCCCUAUAAUGCUCCUCUAAAUCACAAUGAAGGCUGGAGAUCGAAGGAUCAAGAUGACGACGUUCCCUACAAUGCUCCUGAAGACUGGAGAUCUAAGGAUCAAAAAGACGACGUUCCCUAUAAUGCUCCUGAAGACUGGAGAUCUAAGGAUCAAGAAUAUGACGUUCCCUACAAUACUCCUUUAAAUCAUAAUGAUUCCAAUAGGAAUGUUAAUUCCGAGAAUGAAGAUGCCUCAUUUAAUAGGAACGUUAAUGAACGAGAUACCUGGGGAGCUUGGGAAUCAGAAGGAUCUUCAAAUAAUAAAAAUAAUAAUAAAUAUGCAAAUGAACAGGAUACCUGGGGAGCUUGGGGAUCAGAAGGUGCUUCAUCUAACAGAAAUGUUAAUAAACAGGAAAGCUUGGGAGCCUGGGAAUCGGAAGGACCUUCUUAUAAUAUCAAUAAACAGAAAAGCUGGGGAGCUUGGGAAUCAGAAGGAUCGUCUUAUAAUAGAAAUGUCAAUGAACAGAAAAGCUGGGGAGCUAGGGAAUCAGAAGGACCUUCUUAUAAUAAAAAUGUACAUGAACAGGGUACCUGGGGAGCUUGGGGAUCGGAAGGUGCCUCGUAUAAUAGAAACGUUAACAAUAAUGACUACUGGGGAUCAGAAGUUCAAGAAGAAGGUACCUCUUCAUAUGGUAAUCGUCCAAAUAGAAACGUUAAUAAUGAGAGGAUACCGGGUGGUCAAGACGAUGAUGCUUCAUAUAGUGCUUCUUCAAGUGAUGAUGAUUCUAAUGAACAUGUUUUCCUUCUUAAUGAUGCGAAUAGCUGGAGAUCAGCAGUCCAAGAAGACAGCACUUCAAGUAGAUUUGUUAAGAGAAAGAAUAGUUGGAGUUCGGAAGUUCAAGCUUAUAGUGCCUCGUCAAGUAAUAAUGAUUUCAAUAAGAACUUUAAUAAUGAUAAUUUUAAUAGAAAUGUUAACGAGGACAAUUGGAAAUCAGAUGUCCAUUCAGAUGCUUCAUAUAAUUCCAAUAAUAAGAACUUUAAUAAGAACGUCAAUGAAAGGUAUAGCCGAAAAUCGGGAAAUCAAGAUGAUGUAAGCAACAAUAAUCUUAAUUAUGAGAACAGUCGGAGAUCAGAUGUCCAUUUAGAUGCUUCAUAUAAUUCUAAUAAGAACUAUAAUAAUAAGAACGUCAAUGAAGGGUAUAGCUGGAACCAAGAAGAUAAUUUUAAUAGAAAUGUUGAUUAUGAGAGCAACUGGAGAUCGGAGACCCAUUCGAAUGCUUCAUAUAAUUCUAGUAAGGACUUUAAGAACGCCAAUGAAGGGCAUAACUGGAAAUCAGAAAACCAAGAAGACACAAUCAUUAAUAGAAAUGUUGAUUAUGAGAGCAACUGUAGAUCAGAUACCCAUUCGAAUGCUUCCUAUAAUUCUAAUAAGGACUUUAAGAACAACAAUGAAGGACAUAACCGGAAAUCAGAAAAUCAGGAACACGCAAGCAAUAGUAGAAAUGUUAACUAUGAGAACAGUCGGAGAUCGGAAGCUCAAUCAGAUGCCUCAAUUAAUUCGAAUAACAAGUUUAAUAAGAAAGCAGACGUAAGCAGUAAUAACUUUAAUGACAAUGUUAAUCGUGAGGAUAGUCGUAGAUCAGCGGACCAAGUAUUUGCUUCAUUUAAUACUACCUUAAAUAAUAAAGAACCUAAUAGGAACGUUAUUAGCGAGAGCAGUAGGAAAUCAGAAGUUAGACAAAAUGCUACCAAUUUAAAUAAUGAUUCCAAUAGGAAUAUUAAUGAGAGCGGCUCUAGGUUGGAAAAUCGUUCAUCUCUUUCAUCAGACAAUUCAAUAAUUUCAUACUCACAACUUGAUUCAAUCUCCCAAGAAACUCAAGCUAGAAUUAGUCAAAUAGAUUCACAACUUGAUUCUCAUAUUCAACAAGCUUAUAAUAAACAAGUGAGCUCUCAACUUCAUACUCAAAUUUUGGACAUUACUUCCAGAAGAGAAACCUGUAGCACAGGAACUAAAUCAAAACACUUUAAACUUUUAAAAAAAUGUUUUUCGACUAGUGAUUUUAUUCAAUACACAAAAACAAAUUAUUUUAAUACUUUAGAUGAUAGUGCUAAAAAAAGUAUAAACCUCCUCAUUGAUAUAAGUUUAUCAGAAGAGUUCGCACCAGAAAAGAUAACACUUUCUCAAGAUUUAGAAGAGUAUACUAGAAGAAAAAUAAUCCCAGAAUUACCCCAAGGAUACACUACUUAUACUAAAUAUGAGAAAAGUGAAAUAAUUAAAAAAUAUAUCAUAUUGGAAAAAAGAAAAUUUGAUCUUGAUGUUUAAAUCAAUUUUUACAACCUUCUGUAGAUUAUAUGCUUGAGAAUGUACUAGUAGAUAUGGGAGAGGAUGCAGAUAAUUGUAAUGAAAAUUGUAGGGAAAUAGGGGAUAGAGGCUGUAGUAAAAAAAUUUUUUUUUUUUUAGAAUUUUUUUUUUUGUGUGUAUAUAGU